GCUAUAUUGGUUACUGGGGACUGAUUGGGAAAUCUUUAUAAAGCACCAUUCUCGUGUCCUCUCAAGGCAGCGUUUUUACUCACCACUCGCUCUACCAGUCUCGCACCAGGACAACCUGGUCAAAUCUUUUUUCCCAAUGUCAACCGCCACUCAACCCUGGCACCUGAAUGGAGGUGAUGGUUUACCCUUUAAUGAAGAGAGAGUCAUAUCAGGAGGGGUGAACAGGAAUUCAGCAAUAAUCGGAGGCAUUAUAGCUGUGGUGAUCUUUACCAUCCUGUGCACGCUGGUGCUCCUUAUUCGUUACAUGAUUCGUCACAAGAGAACCCACCACACCAACGAGUCCAAGGAGGACGAGCAUUCUGAAUCGGCGGACACAACUAUCAUCGGCACUGAGCCCAACUUCACUGAGACCAUCGACGAAAGCAAGAAGGAAUGGUUUAUCUAACAGUGUGGGAACAUAUAACAUAUAUAAGGAUGAUUACAAAUCCAUCUCCCAUUUCUCUCCCUAUCGUACAUAUACUUGUCUGUCUAUUUUUGUUUCUCUGUCUCUCUCUGUCUCCCCCAUCAAGGAGUCCAGCAUCACGGUCUUCUAAUAGUGCAACAGUUUACCCUAUGUCAAUGGGGGGGUGAAACAUGGGAACGAUGCUGUUCUCUGAUUCAUUUUUUAUUGUGAAAAUAUGGAGCCUGAAGAUCAGAUGAGUGGGAAUGUGAGACUGAUCUAAAUCCUAUCUGACCUUAGAGCUACAAAAAUCAAAUCCAGAGUCCAUUGUAAGCUGCGGUUGGAUGUAAAAACAUGUAGUUGAGAUUUUAACAAAAAAAAAAUUUGACGAUCAGUGUCCAGGUAAUGAACAAUGACUUUAUGUUCAAUAUGCCAGCCAAAUGUACCUAAUCAGCUUUAUGGUGCCUAUAAGAAUAUGGAUAAAUCUGAUCAGCAAAAGCACAACAUUAAAUACAGCGCCCCAUAUAGAAAUGAUUAACCACAUUUUUCACCUAAAUCUCUUAAUCCAUUUAUACCUCUAUAGUACUGUCACUUUUUUAUAUCUGUCUUAAAUCAUUAUUGUUAUGGUCAUGAAAGAAGCAAAAGGGUAUGAACCGAAAAAGAAAAACACAAAUGCAACAUCCCAGCUGAAGUGUACAAUGCAUCUCAAAUGUUAAUAUCUUGAAAAUGUUUUUUUCUUUUGUAAUUUAAUUUAAAAAGUGAAACUCAUAGUCUAUAUUCUAGCUUUAAAUUGAAAGAUUUAAAUCCUUUUUUUCUAUUAAGUUUGAUUAUUACAGCAUAUAGUUAAGGGAAAUAAAAAAAUCUAAUAUCUCAAAAUAUUAGAAGAUUAUUCAAAAAGUAUUUAAAAUACAGAAAUAUGUUAAUUUAUAUGUGCAAUACUUUGUCUGGGCUCCUUUAGCAUAAAUUACUGUAUCAAUACGACACGGCAUAGAGGCGAUCAGCUCGAUCAGUCUGUGCUGAGGCCCUAUUGAAGACCAGAUUGUUUUGAAAGCAGCCUUUAGCUCGUCUGUAUUGUUGCAUCGUUGUUUUUCAGCGUCCUCUUGACAAUAGCCCAUGGAUUCUCUUUAGUGUUCAGGUCAGGUGAGUUAGCUGACCAAUCAAGCACAGUAAUAUCAUGGUCAGCAAACCAGUUCGUGGAAAAGAAAAUCGGCACCUACAUAAAGCACUGUACAGUAUAUGGAUGCAGAUUUUUGCCCGCUCAUUAUUUGUCGAAAAGAGCCGAACACUGCUAUAUACAGUAUUGUUUGCAAAUGCUGUCUAAAUGUUUGACUCUCUGUUUGUAUAUUGUGUCAUCUUUUUUUUUUGUA